AUGGCUGAAAGUGAGGGAUUCAAAGGGAAGAGAAAAUGGAGGGAUGAGGAAAGAGAGGAGAGGCCUUUACCAGUGAGGAUCUCUGACAUUUGUCCCAGGUUGUACUCAUACAAGGCAGAGGGAAGAUCAGUGAGGGAAUUCUCUGUGGAUGGUGUGUAUAAUUACACAUCCCUCUUACUGAGUCCUGCUGAUCAGAAGCUGUAUGUAGGAGCCAGAGAAAACCUGUUCUCCCUUGACCUCAAUGAUAUCACCUCCACCACCCUGCAGGCCCAUAUAUCAUGGAGUACUCCAGAGUUCAAGAGAUUAGACUGCAGCUUCAAGGGAAAAGACCUACAGACUGACUGUUUCAACUAUAUAAAGGUCCUACUGCGUUUGAAUAGCACACAUCUCUAUGUGUGUGGAACAUAUGCCUUCAGUCCUGCUUGUGCAUACAUUAACACCCCCAGUUUCUCUCUGGAGAAGAAUUCAGAUGGACAGAUCAUUAUGGAGGAUGGACGCAGCCGCUGCCCUUUCAACCCAGAGCACAAAUCAACUGCCAUCAUAGUGGAUGGGUCACUGUAUACUGGCACUGUCAGUAACUUCCUGGGAAGUGACUCAACUAUAUACAGAAGUCUUGGCCCUGGGACAGCUCUCAAAACAGAGAGAUUUCAGAACUGGCUUGAAGACCCCAUGUUUGUGGGCUCUGCGUAUAUCGGUCCCAGUGAAUCAGAGAAGAGUGCAGCCAACGCUGGUGACCAUGUUUAUUUCUUCUUCAGUGAGACGGGGAAGGAGUAUGCUUUCUUUGAUAAAACCGUAGUGUCCCGUGUCGCACGUGUCUGUAAGAGAGAUCAGGGAGGUGAGAGGGUUUUACAGAAGAAGUGGACGACUUUUCUGAAAGCUCAGCUCCAGUGUUCAUUACUUGAUGAUGGUUUCCCCUUUAAUGUAAUUCAGGAUGUAUAUGUGCUCCCAGCUCAGCUCAAACAACACACACUUCUCUAUGGAACCUUCACCUCUCAGUGGAGUACAAGUAUGUCGGGGAGUUCAGCUGUAUGCGUGUUCAGCAUGGAGGAGGUUGAACAAGCAUUUAACGGACGUUACAAAGAGAUCAACAGAGAGACAAAACAGUGGUACACACACACGCAGCCUGUACCAGAACCACGCCCUGGAGCGUGUAUUACUAAUGCUUCAAGGCAGAUGGGAAUCAUGUCAUCCCUUGACAUGCCUGACAAAGUGCUGAAUUUUGUGAAGGACCAUUUCCUAAUGGACAGCGUGAUUAAAAGCCAACCUGUGCUAAUAACACACAAUGCACGAUACACACAGAUAGCUGUGCAUCGCACAGCUGGACUGCACAGAGUUUACGACGUCAUGUUCCUUGGUACAGAUAAUGGGCGGGUGCAGAAGGCUGUGAAUGUAAAUGGCAGUAUGCACAUCAUUGAAGAGAUCAAUGUGUUUCAACAGCCACAGUCAAUACAAAACAUGGAGCUGGACCCAAACAGGGGUUUGUUGUUUGUGUCCUCACACUCUGGUGUGGUGCAGUUGCCUGUUUCUAACUGCAGUUUCUAUAACAACUGUGGAGAGUGUUUGUUAGCCAGAGACCCUUACUGCGCCUGGACAGGCACACACUGCACAGACCUCACUCACACUCUCCCUCAGAGCCAAUGGGAGCAGGACGUGGAGGAGGCAGACGUUUUAACCAAAUGCAAACAGACAGCACCUCUCACAGGUAAAUCUGCAGCUGAGUCGGAGUGUGAGCUCAUUGUCGUUCCUGCUAAUACACCCCACCUGCUGACUUGCAAGCAGCGCUCCAACUUUGCCCGCAAGAUUUGGGAAUACAACACCUCUGCAGCUCAUCUCAUGCAUUCACUUCAGAAUGGAGGACUACUUGUUCAACUCCAGGCUGGCAGAGAGGAGCCUGUUACUUGCUGGUCAGAAGAGAAGGGCUUCUUACAACGUCUAGCCGAUUUCUGUGUUAGAGCGGAGCCUUCCUCCGAGACCACCCCUCUGACUGGGAUUUUACAGAUGCCCCGCCCACUCCACAACACGUCAGUCAUCUUACCUGGUAAAACGUCCCACUCUGCUCGAAUGGAUGUGAAGACCUACAGGACAGAACUGAUCGUAGUGUCUGUGUUGUUCUUUGUGUGUGUGUGUGUGGUGACAGCAGUGAAAUGGUGUAGCUGUCACAUAACAGAUGUCCCGUGUAAGGGUGUUCGGACUAGCAGGCAGCAGAGGAGGCUGAGGACUGUGGGUAAUCCAGCCCUGGGUUUGCCCCUAAAUGGAGCAGUGUUUGAUGAUGAAUACUGCUACAUUGGGGAUCCCGCACAAGAGACCACUCCAGCACACGUCUUCAAUAGGGAAACUGAAAUACACAACUGGACAGGGGGGUUCGGAGAAAGUGACAAAGAAACCGAUGACCCCUGCCCAUGUCCGCGAGUACGCCUGGGCUCUGAGAUCAGAGACACUGAUGUAUAA